ACAGAGAGAGAGAGAGAGGGAUCGCAGAUUUCGUUUUUUGCUCCUGUGUGGGAGCUGGGAGAUGCGAUAGAAAUACAUACGCACUAAAAUGGAUAUCACGGCAGUAAAAUGCAUCGUUCUAGUUGCUUGUUUGUUUGUCACGAUGAUCUUCAGCUUGAUGCCCUUAAAGUUGAUGGCCGAAUAUAGGACAACUCGGGACCUGACAAAACGCGCUAAGUUUUCUCAAUUUAUUGGCCUGAUGAGCUGUUUUGCUGGAGGGGUGUUUAUGGCCACAGGAUUGCUGGACCUCUUUCCUGAAGUGCUAGAGAACGUCACAAAGGGACUGUCCAUGCUGCAUAUAAAAACUACGUUUCCUGUGUCUGAAUUCAUCGUGGUUUUCGGGUUCCUAUUUGUUGUGGUUCUUGAACAGAUUGUUUUGGACUGCAAGCAGAGUGAUCAACCAAUUUCCCACGAAGUCCCUCGAGGGGACCUGGAACAAAGCACUGAAGUCCUUGAGGAUGGGGAACGAUCCAUAGGGUCAGAUAUCCAAGAUCCGACUGAGCAUGUACAUCCCAGUUUGAGGUCUGUUCUGCUGGUUGCUGCAUUGUCUCUGCACUCUGUUCUGGAGGGAGUUGCGAUUGGACUGCAGCCGAGUGUGGACAGUGUCGUGCAGAUUUCGGCAGCUGUCAUGCUCCACAAGGCAGUUAUUGCGUUCAGUCUCGGCCUGAAUUUGGUGCAGAGCGCGCUCGGCCUCACAGCAAUCCUCCAAUCGUGCCUGGUUUUCUGCUCGACCUCCCCAAUUGGAAUCGGAUUGGGAAUGUUGGCGGACGAAAUGGGCCACACGCCUCAGUCAGUGUUGCUCAACGGCGUGUUGCAGGGACUUGCGUGCGGCACGUUCAUUUACGUGACCUUUUUUGAAGUGUUGCCCAGGGAACUGAGCAAUGGAAUUCAGCGGCUUCCCAAAGUGCUGGCCGUCCUCAUUGGCUUCUCUGUGGUUUGCGGAGUGCUAUUUCUGGAUCCAGGCUAAUUAGAGCUAAUAAGCAAGCUUCUCUCCAAACCACCAAAUAAUUAUAUUGUAUUGAUACUCCGUUGUAGGAGAGGUGUUAAUCGUACUCAUGAUGCAGCUGUAUGGACAGUUAAGUGACUUUUAACUAGAGAGGUGUCUUUCAAUUUAAUUUUACUAUAGAAUUAUUUUAGCCUCAAUGAGCAGGUGCAUUUUAUAGUCUUGAUUAGUAAAGAACCGGGGAUCUGCCAUAUUGUAUUUGCCACUAGCAGUGCUUUCUAUGAAAAAAAUGGUAUAAUCAUGUUCAGUACGGUAAUUCCGCCAAUUCAUUCUAGGCAAGAUUCCCUCAAUUAUUAAAACCAUUAAAAGUCUGAGUAUUGUAUUUCCAUGUAACUCUGUGAUACAAAAAAAUUAGGGGCAUAAUGAUAUAAUGAUGGUAUUAACAAUAUAUAUAUUUCUAAUAAAUCCGUAAAAAUACUGGAAUCAUUAGUUCACCUGUUAAUUAUUUGCCUAGAUAAU